AUGGACAAAUUGCGUCAACAUAUUCGCAGUUACAAUCGAUGGAAAUUAGAGAGAAGCUGGGGUUCAAGAAUUAGAACCAGAAUAGAUAGGUUUGGCAAAAUUGUGCUACCAUAUAUCAGAAAAGUGAUACCGAACUUCAGAGCUGCGCACUAUGUAUAUAUUAUAUUUUGGCUGAUCUUCGGAACCUUUUUGGUUUACCCAGCAAAGAAUAUGGCGUAUAUCGAUGUGCUCUUCCUCACCACUGGUGCUGCCACUCAGGCUGGGUUGAACACAGUCGAUGGUAAUUCGUUGUUUUUGUACCAGCAAAUCAUUGUAUACAUCAUCACCACAUUGACUACGCCAAUUUUCAUCCAUGGUUCCAUAUUGUUUGUAAGACUUUAUGCCUUUGAACGACAUUUCGAUGGCAUUAAGGCUAGUUCGAAACUAAAUUUCAAGAUGAGACGGUCUGCUACCUUGGCUGCUAGAACCAGAUCGUUCGAUUCUACGUUAAUCAACACUGUAAAUAAUCAAGGGUUGGGUUUUGGAGUCCUGGACCCCACUACUCAGGUGAAUACCAACUUGAAUAGUGGACUAGCCACUCAAUUGCCUACCAGCGCAACAAAGGACGAUUUUGACGGUGACGCCAAUGUAGAACAAAUAUCACCUCCUACGUCAACUUCAUAUGUUGAUGAAAGUGGUAAAACAUACCACGUCAGUGAGCCUAGUGACAGUGAUUCACCGGGACCUAGAAUAGCUCCAGAUGACAUAGAAAUAGACAGUGAGAGUAAUAACGAAAUAAACGAGGAAGCAGAACACGACAAAGAGAAAACUCACCACGAUAAUGAAGGUAUCAGAUUUGGGAACCUUCCACAGCCAUCCAAGUUGAGAAGAGGUCAUGACGUUAAUCCUUCCGAUAUGUACAUGUCUAUUUCCAUGUUGCUGAAGAAACACAAGAGCGAUAAAACACAUACAAAGGAUGAUAGCAGAGAUGGCAAUGGUGAUGGAGUGGAUGAUGAUGAAGUAUUGGUGAUCAGACCUCCCAAUGAAAUUGAAAAUGAUAAAAAUCCCAUUUUCAAAACCAAGGGGAAGGACAAGAAGAAAAAAUGGAGAAAGAAGAAGUGGACUAAUUUGAAGAAGAGCUUUUCCAAUACUGGAGGAACGUAUAGCCAUAGGAUGGCAUAUGAUACCAGUCAACAUCAUGAGGAUGACCAAGAUCAUGAUGGAGAUGAUGAACAUGAAGGUGGGCACUAUUCUGAAGAAGAAGAAGAGGAAGAGCGCGGUGCUGGCGACGACAAUGGUACCCAACUGAACUCAAACAAAAACAGGAACCUUACUGUAGAAAUCGACCAAAACAAUAGCAAUAAUACGGGACCUCUUGGAAGAUCUCCUACCUUUGAAAGAUUAAUGAAGCAUAAACUCAGUAGGAAGAAUAAUAGCAAGAUAUCUGGUAGAUCUAGUUCGAAUAGUGCCAGACCCUCAAUGAGUAGAAGGUUGAGUAGGUAUAGUUCAAUCGCAUUGGCAACUGAUGACGAUGAAGGUUCUUUUGAUAGUGAAAAUAGUGAUGACAAUGAUGAAGAGGAUGAAGAAAUUGAUGCUAUUCUUUCAGAUUCAGAUCUUAAUUAUACGACUACAAAUCAACCCAGUGAUUUAAACUCUCUUGGUAGAGUGGUGAGCAAGAACUAUUUGUCCUGGGAGCCUACUAUUGGUCGUAAUUCUACUUUUGUAUACCUUUCGGAUCAGCAGAAGGAAGAAUUGGGAGGAGUAGAAUACCGUGCAGUUAAAUUAUUGAUUAAAGUAAUUAUUGUGUAUUACGUCGGAUGGCACUUAGUUGCUAUGUUACUACUCUUACCAUACAUUCUUAGCAGACCACACUAUGAGACUUCCCUUCGUGCAUUUGGGAUUCUGCCAACUUGGUGGGCGUUUUUCACAGCUCAAUCAGCAUUCAACGAUUUAGGAUUAACAAUUACCCCAGAUUCUAUGAUCACCUUCCAGCGUUCCAUCUUUGUAUUAAUAGUUGUUUCAUAUUUUAUUGUCAUUGGAAAUACUGGGUUCCCUAUUAUGCUUAGAUUUUUGAUCUGGAUCUUAUCUAAAUGCGCAAAGCCCUUGCUGUUGUUUAAGGAGUCAUUGGAGUUCUUAUUGGACCAUCCUCGUCGUUGUUUUACAUUACUAUUCCCUUCUGUGCCAACGUGGUGGUUGUUUUUCAUUUUGGUUGUAUUGAACGGGAUCGAUUUAAUUUUAUUCAUUAUUUUGGACUUGCAUAGCGAUUAUUUGCUGGUUAUUCCGGUUGGAAAUAGAAUUUUGGAUGGAUUAUUUCAGGCCUUCUCGACUAGAACUGCAGGAUUUGCUGUAGUUGACUUAUCAAAAUUACACCCAGCAGUUCAAGUUAGUUACAUGUUGAUGAUGUAUAUUUCGGUGUUACCGUUGGCUAUUUCUAUUCGUAGAACCAACGUGUAUGAAGAGCAAUCACUAGGUGUCUAUUUAAAGGCCAAUCCCUCUAGAGAAAAUCUAGCUGAAGCAGAAGGUGAGGGAGAUGAGGAGAGUGAAAGCAGCGCAUCUAAGAAGAGUGACGAUGAUGAAAGCACUCCUAAGUCUUUUAUUGGUGCCCAUUUAAGAAAUCAAUUAUCUUUUGAUUUAUGGUUUAUUUUCUUAGGGUUGUUUAUUAUUUGUAUUGCUGAGGGUGGUAGAUUGGACAGUGAACCAAUAAAUUUCACUAUUUUCAAAAUUCUUUUCGAAAUCAUCAGUGCUUAUGGUACUGUUGGGUUAUCAUUGGGCUAUUCUGGUAUAGAUGCAUCGUUCCUGGCAGAAUUUUCCACAAUUUCUAAAUUAGUCAUAAUUGCAAUGAUGAUCAGAGGACGUCAUAGAGGGCUACCAUAUUCAUUGGAUCGUGCUAUAAUGUUACCCGAUGAUAAGAUGGAAAAGAUUGAUGCUGUACAAGAACAUCAUGCUAUCAGAAGAAAUCAAACCAGUGAGAAUCAUCACACCAGUGCAUUUGACGAUAUACCGUUAAGAAGAGUCUUCACUCGUAGACCUUCAAAUCUUGGGUUUGAUAGAAGAAAAAGAGGCUCAAUGAGUUCGGAAACAGGAUUCCACUUCCCAAGAACCAAUACUACUCAAGAUAGGCUACCUAGGCAGAAUACUAAUCAAGAGAGAUUGGCAAGACAUCAUACCACUCAAGAUGUUGGCAAUCAACAUCCAGUUGAGUCCCAUGAAAUGAAUACAUUAAGACCAAUGCCGACGACAUAG